UUCACAAUCCGCAGUCGACCCAACCCCACAGUCGAAGAAAUCUUCAAUCUUUCCAAAACAUUUCUUCAUUACUAUUCAAUCCCAUCAUCUUCAUCAGAUAAAGGCGAAGGAAGGGAGUAUGGGUUUGUUUGAUUUGGAGAAGCACUUCGCCUUCUAUGGAGCAUACCACAGCAACCCGACCAACAUCUUCAUCCACAUGAUCUUCGUCUGGCCAAUCUUCUUCACCGCUCUGCUCCUCCUGUAUUUCACUCCCCCAAUUCUCGCCGCUUCUCCGAUCCAGCUCGGCUCCCGUACUCUUCUGGUGUUCAAUUAUGGCUUCCUGCUGGCCUCCAUCUACGCCCUCUUCUAUGUGUGCCUGGACAAGAAAGCUGGCUCUUUCGCAGCUCUCGUUUGCUUUCUCUGUUGGGUCUCUAGCAGUCGCCUUGCUCUUCUUCUCGGCUUCUCCUUGGCUUGGAAGGUUGUUCUUGGAGCCCAGCUGUUGUGCUGGACAGGGCAGUUCAUAGGUCAUGGUGUGUUUGAGAAACGAGCUCCGGCUUUGCUGGACAAUCUCACACAGGCAUUCCUCAUGGCUCCUUUCUUUGUCCUGCUGGAGGCUCUUCAAUCAUUCUUCGGCUAUGAACCUUAUCCAGGCUUCCAUGCCCGUGUUGAAGCUAAGAUCAAAUCUGAGAUUGCGGAAUGGAAAGAAAAGCAGAAGCAGGAGAAGAAAAGUUCUUGAAUGAAGAUUUAUAUAUAUAUAUAUAUAUAUAUAUAUAUAUAUAUAUAUAUUUGACAGUUUAGGCCCUUUGUUUCUUCUUCCUGAAAUUGAAUUGUGUACAUUACUUCCUGUGAACUCUGUACAUGUCCAAAAAAACUUGAAAAUUCAGGAUCACAUGUUUAAAGAAAUGCCAAAAAAUGGUGGUUUCAAAUUUCAUAACUUAAUCAGAUCCUUGAAAAUAUUGCUCUAGAAUUAAUUAUUGCUUCAUCCUUUCAUGUUGAUGUAAAUCCAAUAAAGAAAUAGGACCAGAAUCAGCCCUCGUUAAUGACUGUCCGACGAAGACUAGGGUUCGCCGCAGGUUUGGCUCUGCUUUGCCACCACGAGCUAUCGUCCUCCGCUGCUGUUGCAAUCGGAGAACCACCCAGCGUCGAAGAAGUAGUCCGUCCCCGAUCCGUCUGUCUUCGUGCCCAAUUCCGAUCGAAAUUGCGAGCCCUCCGUCCAACCCGUUGAUCGAAGAAGUGGCCGAAACCGCUUUCUUUCCAAUCCCCGGCCCUUUUUUAUCCCCAU